GCAGUGAAAUAUUAUUACAAUGUAAAACAGCUGUUUUCUAUGUGAAUAUAUAGUAAAGUGUAAUUUAUUCCUGUGAUCAAAGCUCAUCAUUACUCCAGUCUUCAGUGUCACAUGAUCCUUCAGAAAUCAUUCUAAUAUGAUGAUUUGAUGCUCAAGAAACAUUUCUGAUUAUUAUCAAUGUUGAAAACAGUUCAUAUUUUUGUGGAAACCUCCAUACAUUUUAUUUUUCAGGAUUCUUUGAUGAAUAGAAAGUUCAAAAGAACAACAUUUAUUUGAAAGAGAACCUUCUGUAAUAUUGUGAAUGUCUUUACUGUCACUUCUGAUCAGUUUAACGCGUCCUUGUAUCAGUUUCAUGUGACCUCAAGCUUUUGAACGGUAGUGAGUGUUGAUGUCAAAGAUAAAAGUGGUCUGGAACAGACACUGAAAUGAGGGUUUGCUCUUCACAGCUGUCUUCAGCUCGUCGGCUCGGCGUCAGUAUGUGUUCGUGGAGAGGUCCAUGAACUGCACCGAAGCUCAGCGAUACUGCCGUCAGAACUACACCGAUCUGGCGACCGUCAGCAACAGCGCAGACGUGACCGAGCUGCUGAGGAUCACGAGUGGAAGUAGUAAUUGGGGCUUCUGGAUCGGGCUGAUGAAGAGCCUCAGCAGUGAAUGGAGGUGGUCUCUGGGCGAUCCCGCCUUCUACACCAAACAUGAUUCACUGUAUCGCAACUGGGCGCCGAAUCAGACCAACAGCAGCCUGAACUGUGCUUACGUGAGCCAGGACAGACUGUGGCGCAUCGAUGACUGCACAACACAACGGGUUUUCAUCUGCUACAACGACUCUAUUAAAGGGUUCAUCCCUGUGCUGCAGACGAUGAGCUGGAGAUCCGCUCAGGUCUACUGCAGAGCGAAUCACAGGGAUCUGACCAGCGUGAGGAACCAGAACGAGAAUCAGCUGAUUCAGCAGGUCAUGAACACCAGCAGAGUGAAUUCAUCCUGGAUCGGUCUGUUCAGAGACCCAUGGGAAUGGUCCGAUAAGAGUCCCUCAUCGUUUAGAAACUGGGUGCCCAGUGAACCCAACGGACCCCUUGAAGAUGCCACAGUGAUGGUGAUCGGUGGACAGAGAAGGGGACAGUGGGAGGACUGGCCUUGUAAUUCAUCUUUUCCAUUCGUCUGUGAGUAUGACGAUCAGUUCACCCUCAUCAAGCAGAACCUGAGCUGGGCUGAAGCCAUGAGAUACUGCAGACAGCAUCAUGUGGAUCUGGUGUCGGUUCUCAGCGAGCAGAUCGAGCGGCGCGUGAUGAACGUGGCCAGAAAUGCCUUGACGCCGGCCGUGUGGCUGGGUUUGCAUCACUUCUGCGCCAUGAACAUGUGGCUGUGGCUUCACGGUGAUGUGGUGUGUUAUCAGAACUGGGUGGCGGACAACGACAACGGUCCGAAAGACUGCAGCCGCGAGCGGAGAGUCGGAGCCAUGCAGACGGCGGGAGAUCAGCGCUGGAUCAGCCUUCCUCCAACACGUGUGCUCAACUUCAUCUGCUCCAACUAUGAGGAUUGAACGCCUACUUUAACCCUUUAAAGCCUGAAAUAAGAGUCAGAAAAAUCUACUGUUUUGAAACAGGACAGUUUAUUGAACCUUUUAGACACAAUAUAAAAAAAAAAAUAAAAAAAAUCACUA